AUGAAUAGAACCCUUGCCAAGCCAACCAAGAGAGUGGUGGUGGACAGGCCUACAAGACAAAAGGAUGGCGGUGGAAUCAUUGUAUCCAAGAACUCACAUAGAGUAUGGUGCAUUAUUAAAGUACAAUCAGUCGUAAGAAGGUGGCUGGCCAUUAGACUUGUCAAACGAAUGAGACUAGAUCGAGAUCUGUUGAUGCAAAAGGCAGAGUCUAUGAUUGACUCGGCUGCCAUUGCUGCUGCUGCCUCUGCACAAUCAUCACAAGCACUUGAACAACAACAAGUAGAACAACAUCAACAUCAAGAAGAAGAGGAACAUAAACAACCAGAGGAGGAGCAUCAGCAGCAACAUGAUGAGCAACCACAUGUUGAUCUCACAAUAACACCUGCUUCACCAACAAUAUCUUCGCCAACAACUCAAGAGAUUGAACCAACUCAUAGCAAUAGCAACAAACAAGUUGAAGACAUACAUAAGCAAGCGACAAGAGUAUCUUCUUCAUUGUCGAUUGAUUCAAUCGAGGAGGCAGCAACAACACCAUUCACAUCAAGGUCAUCUUCAAUGUCCUCAUGCAUAUCAUCGUCAUCGGUGUCGAGCUCACCGUCAACACAUACACUCACAUCAAUCACAUUAUCAUCGUAUCGCCAGACUGGCGCCACAUCACCCUCGGAGCGCAGCCACACCAGCAGUCCCACAUCGCCAAUCUCUUCGCCAAUUUCCUCGCCAAUCUCCUCGCCAAUAUCGCCAGUCGUAUCAAAACGACGCAAGACAAUAGAUGAGUUGGUCAAGGUGGAGAGGGGCUACGUAACAGACAUGACGACACUGGUCGAGUUGUUCAUGCAGCCACUGAAACAGAGCGAACUAAUGUCCGCGGAUAACCUGACGCUACUCUUUAGCAACAUUCAAGAACUACGACAAGUCCAUGUUCGUCUACUAGAGUGUCUAGAGAAGUACAUUGAAUCAUUCAGCGAGUCAUCCACCCUCGGUGACAUAUUCCUUCCAUUUAUGGGCGACUUCCAAAAGCACUACGAGAUAUAUAUUAACAACUAUGAGAAAGCAUUCACUUAUGCCCAACAUAUACGUACGAAUGGCGGAGCCGUCUACAAGAUAUUGCUGGCGGGCGAGUGCAAUGAUAUAUGUAGGAACUUGGAUUUUGGAAGCUUCUUGGUGAUGCCAGUGCAACGACUGCCGCGGUACAUCAUGUUGCUCAAGGAGAUUGAGAAACAUACCGCGCCCGACCAUCCCGACAUCAACACAAUUGGCCUGACGCUGUGCCAGCUGCACGACCUGACGCUCUACCUAAACGAGUCGAAGCGCACGGCGAGCGCCACCGACAAGGUCAACGAGAUCAAGUCGAUGGUGACGGGCGCCGACGCCAUCAUUGGCAACUCCAAGUACAUCAUGGAGGGACAGCUGGCGCUGCUCAAGGGCAUGGUGGCAUCGACCAAGAAGGAGCUGUUUGUCUUUUUGUUCAAGGAUUGUUUGAUAUGUACAGAGGUCAGUGCUGCCAGCGGAAGUGGCGGCAGUGGCGACGGCGCACAUCACUCGAGCCCCAAGAGACAGGUCAAGGCCAAGACAUUAUCGCCAUCUUCCAACUAUCCACCACUAUCAUCACAGCCUUCAAACAUGUCAUUGAAUGGAUCAUUUGGCAAUGGACACGGACACAAGCAUAGCAGUCUAACCAGGAAGACAUUAUUCAAGAGUAUAUUAUUCACUGAUGUAAAGGCUAUAUCUGUUUUAAAGAACUUUAAAGAUUCAUUCCAAAUAGUGUCAUCAAAGAAGGUUUAUACAUUCGUUGCACCAUCGACAGAGAUGAAGGAUAAGUGGAUGACUGCAUUGACAGAAUGUCUACCUCAUACUUCAGCAACAUCAACAUCUACAUCAACAUCAACAUCCAGUCCUAAACUUGCAAGGAGACCAGCAGACAUGGCCUCUUCAUCCCUAUCACCAAGCCAAACAUCAUCACAAGGUCCAUCCUGGCGGAACAAAACAUCAACAAGGGAUACAACUGUACAGCUGACAAUGUAA